ACCAGCCGGAGGAAGCCUGUUUGCAAUUUAAGCGGGCUGUGAACGCCCAGGGCCGGCGGGGGCGGGGCCGAGGCGGGCCGUUUUGAAUAAAGGGGCGUGCCUUCCAGGCAGGCUCUAUAAGUGCCCACAGCGGCGAGCCUACGCGCAUUGCAGAUCGCUGUAGGGGGACUUCUUUGGUUUUUCUUUCUUUUUGGGGGCACCUCUGGACUCACUCCCCAGCAUGAAGGCGCUGAGCCCGGUGCGCGGCUGCUAUGAGGCAGUGUGCUGCCUGUCGGAACGCAGUCUGGCCAUCGCCCGGGGCCGAGGGAAGGGCCCAGCGGCUGAGGAGCCGCUGAGCUUGCUGGACGACAUGAACCACUGCUACUCCCGCCUGCGGGAACUGGUACCCGGAGUCCCGAGAGGCACUCAGCUUAGCCAGGUGGAAAUCCUACAGCGCGUCAUCGACUACAUUCUCGACCUGCAGGUGGUCCUGGCCGAGCCAGCCCCUGGGCCCCCUGACGGCCCCCACCUCCCCAUCCAGACAGCUGAGCUCGCUUCGGAACUUGUCAUCUCCAACGACAAAAGGAGCUUUUGCCACUGACCCGGCCGUGUCCUGACACCUCCAGAACGCAGGUGCUGGCGCCCGUUCUGCCUGGGACCCCGGGAACCUCUCCUGCUGGAAGCCGGACGGCAGGGAUGGGCCCCAACUUCGCCCUGCCCACUUGACUUCACCAAACCCCUGCCUGGAGGCUGAACCUGGUGCUCAGGAGCGAAGGACUGUGAACUUGUGGCCUGAAGAGCCAGAGCUAGCUCUGGCCACCAGCUGGGCGACGUCACCCUGCCCCCACCCCACCCCCAAGUUCUAAGGUCUUUUCAGAGCGUGGAGGUGUGGAAGGAAUGGCUGCUCUCCAAACUAUGCCAAGGCGGCGGCAGAGCUGGUCUUCUGGUCUCCUUGGAGAAAGGUUCUGUUGCCCUGAUUUAUGAACUCUAUAAUAGAGUAUAUAGGUUUUGUACUUUUUGUACAGGAAGGUGACUUUCUGUAACAAUGCGAUGUAUAUUAAACUUUUUAUAAAAGUUAACAUUUUGCAUAAUAAACGAUUUUUAAACACUUGUGUA